UUACAAGAAACUGUUGAUCGUAACAAACACCAAGAAAACCGAAAAUGAACGUUCCAACAUUCUCAACUCCAGGAAAACCGAAAAUGAAGGCUGUUGCUGUUCACAACCCAGGUCCUCCUCGAGUUCUGCAUGUUCUAGAAAUCGACCAACCUCGUCUCAGAAACGAUGAAGUUCUCAUCAAAGUCAAAUUCGCCGCCGUUAACCCAGACGACAUUUCUCUCCGACAAGGCGCUUUCCCUUUCCCCAAAGCUGCAACUCUUUUCCUAGGUUUUGAAUGUUCCGGAAUCAUCGAAGCUGUCGGUAAAAAAGUCUCCAAAUGGAAAAUCGGUGAUCAGGUUUGUGCUCUUCUGAAUGGAGGUGGAUAUGCUGAGAAAGUAACUGUUCGUGAGGGACAAGUUCUUCCGAUUCCAAACGGGGUUUCUAUGAAGGAUGCAGCUAGUCUCCCCUUCGCUGCAUGCACUGUCUGGUUAAGUAUCUUUAUCACCAGCAGAUUAUCUAGAGGAGAAACCUUGUUGAUUCAUGGAGGUUCUGGUGGAAUUGACGCAUUUGCGAUUCAGGCAGCGAAAUUGUGUGGAGCAAGAGUAAUUGUUGUUGCAGAUGAUCAAGAGAGGCUAUUUUAUUGCGAUAGUCUUAAACUUAAAGCAGAUGUCUGCAUCAAUUGCAGAAUUGAGGACUUUGCUGCAAGGGUAGAGAAAGAAACUGGUGGUCGAGGUGUUGAUGUGAUUCUUGAUUGUAUUGGAACACCUUUCUUUCAAAAGAAUAUUGAUUGCUUAAACUUCAAUGGAAGGCUUUUCGUGAUCGGCACUCUAGGGGCGACGUUGUAUACUCAGAUGGAUCUAAAGGAUAUAGUUACCAAGCGUCUCACUGUCCACGGGGGUUACUUGCAUAAUAGGAGUUAUAGGAGUAAGCAAUUGAUCAUUGAAGAUGUGAAGAAGAAUCUCUGGCCUAGAAUUGGAUAUCGAGAUGGAGAGAUAAAUCCUUUGGUCCACCAAUGUUUCACUUUUUCUGAUGCAGGUGAGGCUCACAAGCUUCUGGAAACUGGUGACCAUAUUGGGAAGAUAUUGCUUGAGCCAUCAUUUGUGUUUGUGAUGGAUCUAACUCAACUCAGUCCUGCACAGAUAACUGUGUAUGGAUCUGCAUUCUGUGUCAUGCUCUCUAUGCAUUUCACUCUGCAGUUACUGUCUCAGCAUCUUUUCUAUUGGAAGAAUCCAAAAGAACAAAAGGCUAUUGUGAUUAUAAUCCUCAUGGCUCCUAUUUAUGCUAUUGUUUCCUUUGUGGGUCUCUUGGAUAUUAGAGGGAGUAAAGAGUUUUUCACUCUUUUGGAGUCUGUUAAAGAAUGCUAUGAAGCUCUUGUCAUUGCUAAGUUCUUGGCUUUGAUGUAUAGUUACUUGAAUAUCUCUAUUAGUAGGAAUAUUGUGCCUGAUGAAAUUAAAGGAAGGGAAAUUCAUCACUCAUUUCCUAUGACACUUUUUCAGCCUCAUUCGGUUCGGCUGAACCACCAUACUCUGAAGCUUCUGAAGUAUUGGACAUGGCAGUUUGUUUUUACCCGUCCGGUGUGUUCUAUUUUGAUGAUUACGUUUCAGCUACUUGGGAUCUAUCCGAAUUGGUUGAGCUGGAUCUUCACCAUCAUUCUCAAUGUUUCUGUUUCGUUGGCAUUGUAUUCUUUGGUGAUCUUUUACCAUGUGUUUGCUAAAGAACUUGAACCACAUAAACCUCUAGCGAAGUUUCUGUGCAUCAAAGGAAUCGUUUUCUUCUGCUUUUGGCAGGGAAUGGUGCUGGACGGUUUAGUAGCAGCUGGCGUGAUUCAAUCUCGUCAUUUGAAAUUAGACGUAGAGCACAUCGAGGAAGCAAUGCAGAACAUUUUGGUUUGCAUAGAGAUGGUGGUAUUUUCGGUUCUUCAACAAUAUGCUUAUCAUGCUUCACCAUAUAGCGGAGAAGUUGAAAAAAUGCUUAAACAAAACAAGAAAAAUGAAUGAUACCACCAUCUAGAAACAUGAAACAUGAAAACAUUGAUGCUAUAUUGCUAUGUGGAUGUGUUGUUUUGAUGAAGAGUAUUAUUAUUAUUAUUAUUAUGUAUAAUUGUACUGUACUAGGCUGUUCAUACUCCACUGCCAUAAACUCGCCUUCGUUUUGGUGACUGUAAUUUUUCAGCUCUACUAAAGAAAUUUGGCUUAUAUUUGAUCA